AUGCAUAAAUUUUAUAAAACAUAUACAACUCUUGAGAAGAGGCAAAAAGUCUUUGACUUGUCUAAUAAUAAAUUAACUAAACAAUCUAAUCAUCAGACUCUCAGUGAACUAUCUUUAAAAGUUGCUAUUUCUGAAUAUAAUAUAGGAAUGUAUGAAGCUCUUUAUGAAAAUUUUGUUGAUACUACUUUUAUAUUUGAUAAAUAA